AUGGAACCACCACCUACUCCCAACAAUCAACCUUCAAGCUCUAAUGCACUUCCCUCUCAACCUUUACCUAACCCUAAGGGUGGAAUCAAUGCCAUCACUUUAAGGUCCAGCACCACAUUGCAAGAGAGGAGCCCCGAGGAGCCAAGCUCAAGAGAAAACAUUCGGGCUGAAGAUGUCAUUGAGGUAGAAGAUGUUGAAGAGGAAGAUGAAGUACAAGAUGCGGUUGAAGAAGAAGUUGCUCAACCAAGGAAUGGAGUAUCCAAGGAAGAAGAUGUUAUGAGAGAAGCCAUUCCCAUCCCUUUUUCACAUCUUGCUAGGAGGACAAAGAAGCAAGUGGAGCUAGACCCUAAGAUGAUGGAAAUCUUCAAAAAGAUUGAGGUAACUAUUCCCCUUUUUGAUACUAUUCGCCAGGUACCUAAGUAUGUUAAGUUUCUAAAAGAUUUGUGCAUGAAUAAGGAUAAAAUACAUGAUUUAGAAACUAUUCCUUUAGGUAGCUCUAUUUCUGCUUUAAUGGGUGCUAUACCAGAGAAAUGUGGUGAUUCUGGUCCUUACAUGGUUACUUGUACUAUAGGAGGAUGCUUUGAGGCUCCAACCCUUGAUAAGAUCGGCAGCACAUUUUGUUUGGCAGAUAAGAGCAUAAUCUCGGUUUUUGGCAUUGCUGAAGACGUCUUGGUGAGCAUUAAGGGGUUGACAUUCCCUAUAGACUUCUAUAUUUUAGAGAUGUCCCCUAAUUACUCAGGAAGACCUUCGUCCAUCUUGCUUGGAAGACCAUUUUUGAAGACUUCACGGUUCAAAUUAGAUGCCUUCUCGGGUACAUACUCAUUUGAGAUAGAUGAAAGAGCAGUGAGCUUCAACCUAGAUGAAGCUAUGAAGCACCCACCGGAAGAUCACUCCAUCUUCUAG